AUGUCCGAGAACCAGCCGAACGCCAACAACCACCACCCGGCCAACAACAACGGGGGUGGCGGGGCUGCCGGGGGGAACAACCGGGGUGUCCGCAACCCCAACCUCAACCAGAACCCCUUGAUCAAUGUGCGCGAUCGCCUUUUCCACGCGCUCUUCUUCAAGAUGGCAGUGACCUACGCUCGCCUCUUCCCACCCUCCUUCCGCCGCGUCUUCGAGUUCUUUGUCCUCCUCAAGGCUCUCUUUGUGCUCUUCAUCCUGGCUUACAUUCACAUCGCCUUUUCCCGCUCGCCCAUUAACUGCUUGGAGCACGUGCGAGAGAAAUGGCCACGCGAUGGCAUCUUGCGGGUGGAAAUACAGCGCAACUCGAGCCGAGCCCCCAUCUUCCUGCAAUUCUGUGGUGUUGAGAAGUUCCCAGGAAUGGUAGUUGAGUCCACAGCUGAGGAAGAGGAGGAGGAAGAGGAGGAAAUGACUGUGGAUAUGUUUGAAAACAGCUCUAUCAAGUUUGAGCUGGAUAUCGAGCCCAAGGUGUUCCUCAAGCCAUCCCGGGUGAGCAGCACCGAGGCACUGACCCACAAUGAAAGCCAGGAGUUCUUGUUUAGUGAAGCAGCCACUAAAGGUAUGCAGCCUCUGAGGGAGACUGUGUCCGAGUUUGAGAUGCUAGCCAGAGCAGUGUGGCCGCAGGAAGAGUACAUUGUGGAGUACUCCUUGGAGUACGGGUUUUUGCGCCUGUCCCAGAGCACUCGCCAGCGCCUCAGCAUCCCAGUCAUGGUGGUGACUUUGGAUCCUACCAGGGAUCAGUGCUUUGGGGACAGGUUCAGUCGCCUAUUGCUGGACGAGUUCCUGGGUUAUGAUGACAUCCUGAUGUCAAGUGUCAAAGCUUUAGCUGAAAAUGAAGAAAACAAAGGUUUCCUUCGCAACGUGGUGUCUGGGGAACACUAUCGCUUUGUCAGCAUGUGGAUGGCUAGGACUUCCUAUCUGGCAGCCUUUGUCAUCAUGGUCAUAUUUACUCUGUCCGUUUCGAUGCUGUUGCGCUACUCGCACCAUCAGAUCUUUGUCUUCAUUGUUGACCUGUUACAGAUGCUGGAAAUGAACAUGACAAUUGCAUUCCCUGCAGCUCCCCUCCUCACUGUCAUUCUGGCUCUAGUAGGUAUGGAGGCCAUUAUGUCAGAGUUCUUCAAUGACACCACAACUGCGUUUUACAUCAUCCUUAUCGUGUGGCUGGCUGACCAAUACGAUGCUAUCUGUUGCCACACCAAUACGAGCAAGAGGCAUUGGCUCAGGUUCUUCUAUCUGUACCACUUUGCCUUCUAUGCUUACCACUAUCGAUUCAACGGGCAGUACAGCAGCCUGGCUCUCGUCACCUCGUGGCUCUUCAUCCAGCAUUCGAUGAUUUACUUCUUCCAUCACUAUGAGCUGCCAGCCAUUCUCCAGCAGAUCAGGAUCCAGGAGAUGCUGUUGCAGAACCAGCAGGUGGGCCAGGGGACUCAGACAACACUCCAAGACAACCUCAACAACAACACUACAGCUGCCCCCGUUGAUGUGGGGAGCCGCCGACCCCACCUGGCCGCCGGACCCUCUGGGGAGAGCAGCAGCACGGCUGCCCUGACGCCCAGCGAGGCCUCCAGUGUCAUCGCUGCUGCCACAGCGGCUUCUGUUGGCAGCGACCUGAACUGGGUAGCUGAGACAGCUGCCAUCGUUACAGAAGCCUCGUUUCUCUCCGACCUGAGCACUACCCUCCUGGAGCCAAAUGUGGUGCACGAAGCCAUGGCCAACGGGAACCCCCAGGAUGCUGCUGCUGCCUCCAGUUUGGUUGCCCGCAUCAGGGUCAGCAGCGACCACCCGGAGACGGCCAUGGGCUCCAUCACCAUUGAGGUCACUUCAACAUCUGUGGUGGCUGCAGCAGAUGUUCCCCCCGCUGCAGAGGCGGCACCAGCUGUGCCCCUCGUCCCGCUGCAGGAGGAGGGGGCCUCACUCCCCAGCCCUUCCCUUCCUGAGCAGACUGAGGCUGUCGAGGGCUCAGACAGCCAAGCAAAACCUGGCGCCAAGAACUGCGUUGCAGACAGCAGCGUGGCAGAGACCCCUCCAGCCUUUGUGGAGGAGGCUGACCAGGACAGACGCUUGGGUCGUGCUCUUGGGGACCGGGGGGAAAGCAGCCCUUGCCCAGCACCGGCGGAUAGUACACCUAGCUCCAAACCUUGCUCGGAGCCAGACUUGAGGAGCCUCUCUUGAGUCCCUGUUACUGUAAUUCUGGACUGCCAGGAAGGCAUUUGGAUUUCGUUUGUUACUAUUUCUCACUUCACCGUCAUCCUUAACCCAUGAAUUCCUCUUAACGGAGGCAGAGCAGCUGGGACAGAGGAAAGGUGCUGCAGUGAAAUCCCCUGGGAAAAGCACGUGUGCGCUUGUGUACGAGAGGCUGACGCGCGUGGGACUGCUGGGAGGGAGGGACGAGGCGUUCCCUCCCACGGCCUGCGAGGCUCGGGGGCCUCCUGCCGCGGCUGCAGGCGAGCAGGCUGCCUCCUCCAGCCCUGCAGUCGGCUCCGUGCCCGCACUUUUCCUUGCCCCCGGCUGCCCCAGCGUUGCCCCCUGCGGUCGCGUUUGCAGUCCAGGUGCUGUUCACAAGCGUCAGCUGAUUUGUGACAGACCACGCGUGUGUGGCAGCUUUCUGGUUAGAACAGCAGCUGCGUACGAACGGGGAAAGUGUUUUCGGACAUCCUUGGGAGAGCCACAGAAGGCAGAGGAGAAACCUGGUAAACUUUCCUUCUCCUUAAGGAGAAGGAGAACUUAAGACCUUCCCCAAACACUAGAUCUGCUCAUGCCAGGGCAAAGCUGGGCGAUAACCAAAGCAGAAACUGCAGUUCAGCCCCAUUUUUUUCGUCCUUGAACUUCCCUCGGUCAGUGGGUUUGAGGGGUAGAAGCUGCCGUGUGCAGGUUAGAGCUUCCAUCCAGGAGAGAUGCGUUUGGCUGGGCUUGGAAGCAGCGGGGUUGAUUCCUGUGCUGGUCAGCCAUGGAGAAAUGCUGUCCCUUCUGCUGCUGGUGACCUCCGCGGGGGCUUUGGGAAUUUAGCUCUCUUAGAUGUAUGUGGCCAGCAUAAAGUGGGAGCUACUGGCACAGGCAAAUGGUCUCAAGUAAUAUCUGCUGGGAGCUGAUCUGUAGCGUCGGUGUCUGUAGCGAUGUUUGGGACAAGGAGGACAGCAGCUCUGCCUCUGUACAACUCUGCUUUGGCGCCUGCCGCUGUGGGUGAUGUAGUUUGCUUUUCAGUGCCUUGUCCCUUCAAUGGGACACGUCCGCAUUGAAGAUCAGCCCCAUCCCAGAGGAGGGAGCAGCUUUUCACUGGCUGAACUGUGGCAUGAGAUGGUUUAGCAAAGAACCAAAACACUAAAGCCAAGACAUUUCAGCUAAUUUUCCUUCAUUUCCCUGGCAGUGGAGGUGAGGCUGGCUGUACCCGACCCCUCCGCGAUACAGCUGGCUGAGUUGGGGGGCUGGGACGGGGACCGGCUGCCCCUGAGGGUGGGCUGGACCCAGGCGGGGAUAUGGCUGGAAGGAGGGUUUACGCUUGUAGGUAGAGCGGGGCGACACAGGAGUGUGUCGUGUCUGUAGGGCUGAGAGGAGAGAGAAGCUCGGGGAGAAACGUGGUGGAAAAGGGCAGCGCUGGGAGGUGACACGUGGGGCACUCUGCUCUUUGGGGGGCAACUGGGUCGCUGUAGAAGUGUCCCCGAGUUCAGCCUCAUCUCCCCACAGCUGAGCAGCGUCUGUGGAGUCCAUCCCCCUCGGAGGGCUCUUGUGUGCAUUUCAGUGUCUUCCACCAGGAAAGGGUUCCCAUGUCAGCACCGUGGGGGCUCAGAGCCCCCCGUUUCACUUUCUCUGCAUUUUCUGCCCAGGUGCCC